UGGAGAGAUCACCUAAGACUCUGUCUCAGGCAAGUCAGUAAUAAUGAGGUCAGGAAUAGGAAGAAGAGUCAGAGAAGUUUCUGGCCUUGGUUGGAUAAUAUGCUGCAAUUUCAUAAAGGAAACUGGAAGAACGACUUCAGCAAAACAAGGAAAUAAAACAAGAACAUGGAAGGCCAGUUCUAUUUGUUUCAAGAUGCUCAGGGUGUUAAUUAUUCUCAAAGUCUGGUGAUCCUGGGUUCCAAAUGAAGAACAAGGUGGAGAGGAACCUGGUUUGGAAAUACACACUAUCCAGACCAAGAUAAAGAAGGUUUCCAGCAUCCAGAAGCCUCCCUGGUGCCCUCCAGUCAAUACCUGGCGAGAGAUGCUUGCUGUACUAACCUCCAUUACCACAGAUGCUUGACAAGCCAUGACUCUGUAAGCAGAUGAGCACACUCCAUGACCCCCCAGCAGGAGCAAGAGGAAACACACUGGGCAGAGCGGCCCUCCGCUCCCACUCUGACUCUCAAGAAGGCUCACAGGAUCCAUGGGUCCCAGAGGAAAGCAAUUUUGGAACAGUAGAGGUGAUGUGUGAAAGUACUAUCUGACUGUGCAGAAGCCAUCUUGACCCAUGUGGAGCAAGCUUGAGGAUUAAAACCUGUGUGCCCAGGGUGAGUUGGAAAUAUGGAAGGAGUCUGGGUCCUCGUUCCCAAGUUUCAAACUGAAUGUAUGGGAGUAGUAGACAGAGCCAAAUUGCAAAUGCCCUCCCUCCAGAUUUCAAGGAGAUUGUGAGUUUAGUCCACUUGUAGUUGAUUAUGGCUACAAACAACCCAACAGACACAGCAGCUGCCAAGUUUCGAAUGGAAUCAGAAGACUAGCAAGCAGAGGAAUGAGGAUUUAACUUUAAAAAUAUGGUAUGUUUGAAACGUACAAAAGAAGCAGUUAUAGAACUGGAAGAGUGAAAGACAACUGAUGAUCUGCCCUCUUCCGGCUCCGGCUUCUGGUAUUUUGCAUUCCCAGACUGUGUUGUUUGGAAGCAAAGCUUCAUUGUUUUUUGGUCGGUAGAUUGCACCUUUGUGACUGCAGACAACAAGGUGAUGCCAGCACUGGUUCCAGGAAGACCUCAGUAACAAACCUUCUUUGUGUCCAGUGAGGAAGCUCUGGCCUGUAAGUGGAUGACAUCAGUAGGCUUCCCACCCACUCCACUGGGCCGCUCAACUCACAGAGAUUCAUUGUUCAUGACUUCAACUCUGAACAGCUGCUGGCUCUUGUUGGUUUCAUUCACUGUGAAGAUGGUGAUCGCACACUCCAGAUAUGAAAUGGUGUGCCCUACUGCACCUGACCAGAAACACCAUCUCUUUGGGGAUCCUGCAGAGAAGUUGUUUAAUCAAUACUAAAAGUAGAUAAGCGGAGAGAAUUCAGCCAUGAAAAAGAAAAGAGGAAGAGAAGAUGAAUCAUAUAAUAUUUCAGAGGUCAUGUCAAAAGAGGAAAUUCUGUCUGUGGCUAAAAAAAAUAAAAAGGAGAAUGAGGAUCAAAGUUCUUCCUCUGCUAAUCUCUGUGUAGAAGAUCUUCAGAAAAAUAAAGAUUCAAAUAGUAUAAUUAAAGAUAGAUUGUCUCAAACUGUUAGGCAGAAUGCUAAAUUCUUUUUUGACCCAGUUCGGAAGUGUAAUGGACAGCCAGUACCCUUUCAACAACCAAAGUACUUCACAGGAGGAGUGAUGUGAUGGUACCAAGUAGAAGGCAUGGAAUGGCUUAGGAUGCUUUGGGAAAAUGGAAUUAAUGGCAUUUUAGCAGAUGAAAUGGGAUUAGGCAAGACCGUUCAGUGCAUUGCUACAAUUGCAUUGAUGAUUCAGAGAGGAGUACCUGGACCUUUUCUUGUUUGUGGCCCUUUGUCUACACUUCCUAACUGGAUGGCUGAAUUCAAAAGGUUUACACCAGAAAUUCCGACCAUGUUAUAUCAUGGAACCCAGGAAGAACGUUGAAAAUUGGUAAGGAAUAUUCACAAAAGGAAAGGAACGCUGCAGAUUCACCCUGUGGUAAUUACAUCAUUUGAAAUAGCCAUGAGAGACCGAAAUGCAUUACAGCAUUGUUAUUGGAAAUACUUAAUAGUAGAUGAAGGACACAGGAUUAAGAAUAUGAAAUGCCGUCUGAUCAGGGAAUUAAAACGGUUCAAUGCUGAUAACAAACUUCUUUUGACUGGUACUCCCUUACAGAACAAUUUAUCAGAACUUUGGUCAUUGCUAAACUUUUUGUUGCCAGAUGUAUUUGAUGACUUGAAAAGCUUUGAGUCUUGGUUUGACAUUACUAGUCUUUCUGAAACUGCUGAAGACAUUAUAGCCAAAGAAAGAGAACAGAAUGUAUUGCAUAUGCUGCACCAGAUUCUCACACCUUUCUUACUGAGAAGACUAAAAUCUGAUGUUGCUCUUGAAGUUCCUCCUAAACGAGAAGUAAUUGUGUAUGCACCACUUUCAAAGAAACAAGAAGUCUUUUACACAGCAAUUGUGAAUCGUACAAUUGCAAAUAUGUUUGGAACCAGUGAGAAAGAAACAGUUGAGCUAAGUCCUACUGGACGACCAAAACGGCGAACUAGAAAAUCAAUAAAUUACAGCAAAAUAGAUAAUUUUCCUAAUGAAUUGGAAAAAUUGAUCAGUCAAAUACAGCCAGAGGUGGACAGAGAAAGAACUGUGGUGGAAAUGAAUAGCCCUAUAGAAUCUGAAGUUAAUCUGAAGCUGCAGAAUAUAAUGAUGCUACUUCGUAAAUGCUGUAAUCAUCCAUAUCUGAUUGAAUAUCCUAUAGACCCUGUUACACAAGAGUUUAAGAUUGAUGAAGAAUUGGUAACAAAUUCUGGGAAAUUCUUAAUUUUGGAUCGAAUGCUGCCAGAACUAAAAAAAAGAGGUCACAAGGUGCUGCUUUUUUCACGAAUGACAAGAAUGUUGGACAUUUUGAUGGAUUACUGCCAGCUUAGAAAUUUCAACUUCAGCAGGCUUGAUGGGUCCAUGUCUUGUUCUGAGAGAGAGGAAAAUAUGCACAAUUUCAACACAGAUCGAGAUGUGUUUAUCUUCUUAGUGAGUACACGAGCUGGUGGUCUGGGCAUUAAUUUGACUGCAGCAGAUACGGUUAUCAUUUAUGAUAGUGAUUGGAACCCCCAGUCUGAUCUUCAGGCCCAGGAUCGAUGUCAUAGAAUUGGUCAGACAAAGCCAGUUGUUGUAUAUCGACUUGUUACAGCAAAUACUAUUGAUCAGAAAAUUGUGGAAAGAGCAGCUGCUAAAAGAAAACUGGAAAAGUUGAUCAUUCACAAAAAUCACUUCAAAAGGGGUCAAUCUGGAUUAAAUCAAUCUAAGAAUUUCUUAGAUCCUAAGGAAUUAAAGGAGUUAUUAAAAUCUAGAGAUUAUGAAAGGGAAGUCAAAGGAUCAAGAGAAAAGAUCAUUAGUGAUAAAGAUCUUGAGUUGUUGUUAGAUCGAAGUGAUCUCAUUGAUCAAAUGAAGGCCUCAGGACCAAUUAAAGAGAAGACAGGGAUAUUCAAGAUACUAGAAAAUUCUGAAGAUUCCAGUCCUGAAUGUUUGUUUCAAAUUGAAGCUAAAGAAUGACUUAAAAAAAUGUAUUAUGUACAUGUAUUGUACAUAUUACAUGUACAUGUAUGACUACAUGACCAGUGUGAUACUGAUCCCAGUAUAUAUUUGAAAUUUAUACUUUAUACAUUUAAAAAUGUAUAAAUUUAAAAUUUUUAAAUGUAUGAAGUGAUACAUUCAAGCAAUUAAAUAUGAUGUGUCUUGGAAAAGUCACUGAAGGGAAGAAGUCAGGUUGGGAUUCAGCUUUGGAGACUAAAGAAGAGCAAAGAGCGUGAGCAAAGCCCACAGCUUGCUUUCCACAGGUGAUUGGACAGGUGACGGGUUCACCAUUUAUUCUGAUCCUGUGGUUUGGAUGCUGAGGGAAGAGAAGGUAUCUUUUAUGGGACUUAAUACAGGUAGCCAGUUACACCAGAGGUGCUCUGUGGGUAUUUGUGGACCUUUUGUGACAGAUACCUGAAUCUAAUGCUGAUCCAGAUCAAUACAUUUGCAACUAUCUUCCUGGUCCAUAGUUUAAAAGCUUGCCUGAAAUGACAUGACGAAUUUUUGUUUAAAAAAAAAAAGGAUAAUUUUUUAGAAAGGUGUUGGAACUUUAAUUUUCUUGAUUUUUAAAAAAUUGCUGGUUAUUUAGCAAGAAUAUGAGAAUAAAAUUUAGAAAGGACAGACAAUCCUUGGGGGUGUAAGGAGACUGGCUUGGGAGUGCCAAAUAAAUAACAUAUAUUUAUCUGACCCUCUGGCCCUUACCUAAGCCUUUUUACAACUACCAGGUAUGUUAUGGACAUGUUUUUCUAUGAGGUAGUCAAACUGUAAACAGAGUGAAUCCAGACUGAUAAUCAUGUGU